AUGAAAUCUUUUGUUGAUUCACAAUCGAGCCCACCUCAAUAUCACAUAAAAAGAGACAGAUCGGAAGAUGUGUAUAUUCUACAAGAAAUGACUAAGUGUCACGUAUCGCUGGGCGAUGAAGCAAAGGAUUUUGAUUUAGCUAUCGAACCUGGUGAAAAUCGCUUUACCUUCUUUGCAGCCACCCAACAGAAUGGGGAAUUCGUUCCUUAUGAAUAUCAUUUUAUGAUCUAUGGGUAUUGUAUAUUGAAAGAAGCGAGUGCAGAAUACAUAGCAACGCGAGGUAAGUUUGACUCGGCACGAAAAAAAUUUAUUCCGGGAAAGAAAUACAAAAGCGGAACUCAGUUCGUGAUUGGGAUUAAUUUUACAUAUGAAGAAGGAGAUAAAUGUGGAGGUGAAUGGAUUCAAGAAAAAAACAAUGAAAUAAUUUUAAAAAAAAUCUGCUCAGAGAUUGCCAACACUGAAUUGAAUAAAUACAUAAUUGAAAAUACAUUCUUUAAUUCAAAUUAUGAGCAUUUCGGCCGAAAUGCAUGUGUUCGAAAAAUUAAAAAAAUUCCAUAUGAAAUAAAAUUUGAAAAUUUGCCAUCGAUAGAACCAUUUGUAACGCAUGAUGACGCUUUACUUGCAAUAAAUCUUCAACAGGCUGGUACAUAUGAAGUAACAAUCACAAAUCUUAUAUAUAAGGAAGAAUUUGGCAUAGAUUUACCGAUUCGCCUAAAGCCGGUUACUAUUUGCUCAGAUUUAUUUGCUGAAAAUGAUAUUUGCUAUUUAAGUACAAAAAAAAGGGAUGCAGAUCAAAAAACUACCAUGCAAAGCACGCAUUUAAAAACUACAGUGAAUACCAGAGGUCUAAAAACUACUACGAAUGCUAAAAGAACCAAGAAAACCACAGCCAAUGAAGCCUUGAAUACCAAAGCCAUAGAAGCAACCAUGGAAGCCACAACUCCAGCAAAAAUCAACAAUGCUGUGAGCCUACAGCCGAACAUUAAAACCUUAGCCACAAUGGAAGUUACUGAAACUAAAAUUUCAAAUACGCCAAUGAAAAUCAUAGAUCUAGCAAAAGCCAUGGAUUUUACAGGUCUAAAAACGAUUGUUCAAAAAAGUUCAGAUCCAGCAAUAAUCACAAAAGGGAUGAGCCCAGAAAAGAGCAUCAGAAUCUCUGGUCUUAAUGAAACUAAUGGCCUGAAAAUGUUUACGAAAAUCUCAGAUCCAGCCAAAAUCACGAAAUUUACAGGCCUAAAAAAGACCUUGAAAACUUCAGACCGAAGAAAAUUCGCUGAAACUGUUCCAUUUGGAGCCGCAAAAGUAAACAGCCUUAAAACAUCAAUAAAAACACUGAACAUGAAGAAUACAGUUAUUAAAAAAGCCAAUCAAAGUAUAAAAAAAUCCAUAGAGACCACAGCUCCAAAAGAAAUCAUAAAAAUUGCAAAAAUUGCAAGAAUGAAAAAUAAGGACUUGAAGAUGACCACGAUAGCUAAAAUCCUAAAAACAACCAUGAAAAAUAUAUUAACAAAGAUAAACCUUAUAAAAACUCUACAAAAAAAAUUGGGAAAACCAAACUUAAUUUUCCCCACAACCAGUAAAGAAAGUGGCAGAAUCAAUGCAAAAAAGCCAGUAGCGGAAUUUACAACGGACAUACCUGAGAAGGCAGUAGCAGAUUUGUUUGAAAUCGCUACCACUACACUAUUUAACAAAUCUAUUACUCCAAUUUCGCAAGAUUCGAGUGGAUUUCGUUCUACGAAAGCAAAAGCUAUGGAUUCAUUUUUGACUGCAACCAAGAAAACUGAAGUAAUGAAAUUUACGGAUUAUGAAACCAUUUUUACUAUAAUAUCCAAAACUCUAAAGGACAAGCGAAGAAUAAAAUCCGAUGUUUCUGAGAGCAGUACAUUAAGACUAAGAAAGGAUCAAAAUUUGCUAGAAACUUUAACUAAUCCACCUCAAGUAGAUGCGAUAAUUACUGAAAAAGAAAAUUUCGUUGCAUCAUCUCAACGAAAAAAAAGUGGUGAAGCUCAUUUUACAACAACAACUUUGCUUGAAAGUUCAUUGGGAAUUGGAAAAGUACCACCAUUUUACGUUAAUACUUUAGAAGUACUUGUUCCUAACAUGCAUCGUAAUUUAACUUCAAUGGGGAUAAAUCGACUUUUAUCCACGCCUUUAGCUGGAGAUCGCAGUAUUGCGAAUAAUCACUUGCAUAUGUUCACAAUUUCGUCCAAAAGUGAUGAGCCUCUUCUACUGUUCAACGAGUCUACUGGAAAUUUUUUAAUGAAUGAAGUAUUAAAUGGCAUAUCUUCGAGAAAACAUAAUUUUCUUUUGAGAAGUGCUGAUUUUAAAACUGAACCAAUUGAAUUAAUUACUUUUUAUAAAAAAUUUUCAACGAUUUUAGAUAAGAAAAAUAAAUAUAUGAAAGCGAUUAUUGACAGGGAAGAAUCCAAGAAUAUUCAUACUGCAAUCGCCACCGAUUUAACUGAAUCGCAUCCAUUAAUUAAUGUUUUUCUCACAAAUAAAACAUCUAAAACUCUCAAGACGUAUGAUAAUACGCUUCAAGCGGCAUCGAGAUCCUCCUAUUCAAUUGAAUUAAUGUCGAAAUCAGUCCCAAGUAUUAUUCAACCAACUAUACAUGUUAGCCCUCAAAACACAUCGAUUCAAAGCGAUUUCACAAAUAUUAAGAAUUUAAGUCUAGUUUCAAUUUUUAAAACUAAAACUGAAAAAAUGAAUACAUUGAGUUCUAAAAAAUCUGAAGAAUUUGCGAAGAGAUCCAUCAUCUAUGAAUUUUUAAGUCCCUAUAUUCAGACCAAAGAAUCCGCAAAAUUUUAUACCGAAAAAAUGAUCUUGUCACAAAAUGAUGAAUCUAAAUUAAGCGAAGAAGUAAAACAACCUAGCGUCAAAGGAUUCUUAGAUUUACAACAUUCGAUUAGUAUGAAGACAACCGAUCAUCCAGUAAUUCAAUCAAAAAUAGUAAGCAAAUCAGCAAAAAAUGAAAAAGUUUCCGAAUUUCAUGGCAGCUUGGUGUCGUCGACAAUAAAUGACUCGAAAUAUUUGCUAACUAUAAGUCAUCACUUUUUGCCACCAUAUUUCUGGAAUUUUUCAAAUCAAAGAUCUAUACAGUUUAGCAAUGUAACACAAACCUCGGUUGAAUCUGGACGUCCCAAACAAAUUGAAAUUUCCAAUGAAUCUGUAAGGUCAGUUGAUCUGCAAGGGUCUGCAAUUGAUCUGCAAUUCACAAUGUAUUCAAGCGAUGAGUUAGAAGAAAUUUUAUCAUUUCGUUUUGAAACAACUGUACAAACAAAUAAACUUGGAGCAUCAGACGGUGGAACGUACAAAAUACAUGAAUAUAUAGAAAAUAAUUUGCCACCAGAAGGAGGAACUUGCAAGGCGAUAAUAGAAGUUAUUUAUGGUAAUUUUAAUGUAUUUGCAUCGUGCAAUGGUUGGAUGGAUCAAGAUGGAAUAUUAUCUUAUCAAUUUUACAGAUCAGAAAUGGAUAAUGGAACUCUAAUUUAUAUUACUGAAAGUGAAUCGUCGUUAGCUGAUUUCAAAAUUCCACUUGGUGAAUUUGAAAUAUUUUCUGUUAUUAGCGAUACAUUAAUGUGUUCAACUAAACCAAUAUUAAUUGGAACAACGGUAGAAAUCGGUACUGAAACUGACCCAAUGAUUUAUUCAGCCAUGAAGGUUUCUAACGAAAUAAGUGGAAGUGUCAUUCAUUCAUCGAAAUUCCCUGAAACGAUACAAUCUACCAGCAGUAUCGAAAUUUAUCAAAUGAUUAAUAAUACAAAUAUAAUCGAAAAUGUUCUUAGUAACCUGAAUUCUUCACUUGGGAAAAUGAAGAUUGAAUUUAGAACUAUUCUUGGGUUUAAUAAUUCUGAAACGGAAGCAUUCGCUGAUAGCAUUCUAACUGGGAACCUAGAAACUGGUGAUCUUUCAAGAGAUGAGUUCAUAAGCUCGAUAAAUUCGAUAAAAAUUGCGCAGAAUGAAAAAAAAGCCAAAAUAAUCGAGCAAGAUAUCGAGUCGUUAUCUAAAGAUAAAAUUAAAGACAAGAAGAGUCUGGUUCAUCUACUGGGUUAUCUCGAUAAUAUUCUUUCUAAUGCUUUUGAUACAACUUUGGUCCAAGAAGACGAACCUAACAAUAAAAUUGAAGGCAAUUUUCAGGCAAAAUUUGGUCUUAUAGAGAGUGCUGAACAUACUUUAAGUGUAAUUAAUGGAGUGGUGACAAUCAAAGCUGGAGAAACUAUUUUAACGGGUGAUGUUCGACCAGCUUACACUAUGAAAAAUUCAUCCGAUGAAUUUCGAAUUCAUUCAGAGAAAAUGGGAUUUGCUUCCGCAUCAGCAAAGCUAUCAAAUGGUUUUUCGUUUGAUACUGCUUCGAAUAUUUUCGAAACGCAGUGCCUAGCGAAGGAUAUUGCAAUUUCAUUUCAUUUCCAUGGCACAACAAACAUAAUGGAAAAUUCUACUGAAUGGACUGAUCAAAAAAUUACAGCAUGGAAUUUCACAUAUCAUGAGUUGGCUGAAACACAAAAUGUUAAGAAAGCUACUUUUACAUCAUGGAUUGAAUUAAAAUCGGGAAAAUGUGCUUUAAUACUCGAUGCCAUUAAUCUUAACAGAUUUGUUUCGGUUGUCGUGACAGAGAAACGAGUCAUUAAAGUCAAACCAAAGUGGCUAUAUCCUUGA